AUGCAAGACGCGGUGAUUGACACGAUUUCUGGCCCGGCACCUUCAGAGCAACGUAGAACAACGGAAGAUGCCUUUCUCCCGGAUACGCAACCCGAGAUCGAACCUCCAACUCCCGCAAAGAAGCAUACUGAUCUCGAAUUUAUGGAUUUACUCAUUUCGCCAAUCGUGGAGCUAGUUCCUUUCCUUGCGGCAAUCGUGAAAAAUUUUGACGCCUCAGGCCCGCGGCGCAUUGAACUACCGGAUGAGAACGUUGAAGCUCUUGGAUGCUUUUUGCAGUUCCAGUAUACCCGCGAUUACACCGUACCGCAAACCGAGACUCUGUCAGAAGGAAGAGAUCCAAGCGGCCAACAGCUCCUACAACAUGCGCGUAUCUACACACUAGCGGAGAAAUUCGGCUUGCCGGCGCUGAAAAGCCUGGCGCACACCAAAAUCCACCGAGUCAACGGCACUCCCAGCGGCGAGCUGGCCUACGCCCGCUACGUCUACACCCACACUCCUAAGAACGACACCACGAUACGUAGACCCAUCGCGUCAUUCUGGGCCUCCCGCAGUCAUGAUCUGCGGCAUGAGGUUGAGAAAGAAUGGAAAAAUCUCUGUUUCGAGGUACCUGAGUUUGCAUACGACAUAUUGACUAUGGUUCUGGAUCGGAAGGAAAAGGAGAAGACCGAUCAGUCCGAGGUAGAAUCGAGUGGCAGAGGUAGCGCUCGAAAACGCCUCCGAAGGGGCAUCUAA